AUGUUCUCAAUUAGUGAUACAUUUGAGUUAGAUGAUACAUUCAAAGAUGAUUAUGAUGAUGAUGUUUUUAGUAAUAAUAACAAUGAUAAUGAAUAUAUCAAAAGACAAUAUCCAUUAACAAUUAAACGAUAUUUAACAAUGACAGCUGAAAAAUAUCUAUGGAAUAAAUUAAUGAACGAAAUGAAAACUGGUGGUUUACAAAAAUUGAUACAUCCAAGAGUACCUACUGCUUUAAGAUUUGGUUAA